AUGCUCGCGUGCGUACUUGCCAUUGUGUUGGCUCUCGUUGGGGGUCUCCACCUGCUCUAUAACCAUUCCCGCGUUAAGUCUAUCCCGGGCCCUUUCUUCGCUGCGAUUUCAGACAUUUGGCGACUUUAUGCACAGAGAGCCCCCGGAUACAGUCGACACCUAGCUGAGCUUCAUCGGAAGCAUGGAGAUGCUGUGCGACUAGGCCCGUCUUUCGUCAGCAUUUGUGAUUAUGAGGAGAUCGCGCGUGUAUACCGCGAAAAGCUUCGGGAAGAGCUGAGGCAAUUCGGACGGAGCGCUUCCCAAGAGCAGCUACUAGGUCGUCCGGAAGAUUUCACCUGUCACGAAGGCGCCAUUAACGACGAUCUGCGGAAUAUCAUCGGAACCUUUAGAAGGCACAGAACCAUUGAUCUAACCGCGUCCCUACGCUUCUUCGCGGAGGGUUUUCUAUCUCACUUUUUUGUCGACAGCUUCCCUCGUCUAUCCAGCGGCGACCCGCCUGAUAACAGGCUCAAGCCCUCGCUCUUGUCUAUAAUCGAGGAGCAGCUAUUGCGUGGCCCAGCGUCCCUUCUGAAGAGGGAGCGGCUGUCGUGCUAUAAUUUCGGAAAGGCGUCAACACCUUCAAUACAUGGAAUUUCCGGAACUAGAGAUACAUCUAUGGGCCGCGAGCGCGGUGAACCUCCCAUCUUGGCUGCCUGUAUAGAGAGCAUCACCGCCGCUUUCGUCACCGUCUUCCAAAUCCUUUUAAGCAAGCCUAUUGUGCUCUCUACUCUUCGAAGUGAACUUGACUCUGCGCCGCGGCUUAGGGAUAAAUCAGCGGGUCCUUCCUGGAGCGAUCUAGCUGGACUACCCUACCUCGAUGCCGUCUUGAAGGAGACAAUGAGACAUGCUUUACUCAUCGAGAAUCAACAUGGGAUGCGUCUGACAGAUGGUCCGCUCGACAUGUCAGGUAUAGGUAUCCCACGUGGAACGAUAGUCUCAUGGCAUCCGUUCGCCGUGCUAUGUAACGACAGUGUCUAUGGCGUGGACGCGGGUGCAUUCAAGCCGGAGCGUUGGCUCUCUGCAGACCACCCGCAACUGACGUUCAUGCAUGAGAGCUUGGUCCCGCUCAGUGUGUGUCUCGCAGAAUAUCCAAAACUCGAAUCGGCGUGGUUAGAGCUGAAGAAAACAGUUGUUGUGCUGUUGCUUCCAAGUCCUCGAGGUGGAGUCUGCCGAAGGACCUGA